GACAUGAGCGCUCCACCACCAGAGUUAAAGAAAAAGAGCAGCUCCCUACCCAGAGAUCAGUCCUUACCUAAUAUAAGUAAAGAAAAAGAAAACUCUUUGGAAUGGAAACAUCGAUCAGUUCAUGAUCCCAUGAACGUGUCCACAACCUCAGAAGAGUUAUCUCCCGUUUCAGUGUCCUCUGACAAAAAGGCAGAUUCAACUGAGAAAUUAUCUGUGAAUGGGGACAAAGAUAGAGACAAUAGCAAAGAUGCAGACAAGGAAGAUAGCAAUGGCAACAAGGGGGAGACAACUCCCCCUGAUACAGAAGAAAAUACUGGAAGUGCUGAUGAUGUAAUCAUGGUUUAACAGGAGCAAGAUUCUUUAAAAUUCAUUGACUUUGAAAUUUUAUUUCCACACUUAGCCAGAACUGUUUUCCCCUUGUUACAA